GGGGGAAGCAGCACCUCCCGGCUCCUGCAGGGAAAACGGGGCAGUGCCUGGGCCUGGCAGCAGCCACCCCCUCAGGAAAAACCUCCACACACCCGCUUUUUCAAUGGAGCCCCCGGGGGCCAACGGUCGCGCCCUCCCUCAGGUGGCAGCCGCGGCAGGGCGAGAGGCGGCGGCUCUCCCUCCUCGCCGAGAAUGCAGAUGGUAAAUAUAUUUCGCCAUUUCAUGACAUUCCACUGUUUGCUGAAUCUAAAGAGGAUAAAGAGAUUCCAGCAAAGAGGUCAAAGACUGCUGGAACUGAGGUCCUGUUUAAUAUGAUUGUAGAAGUGCCUCGUUGGACAAAUGCAAAAAUGGAGAUUGCCACUGAGGAGCCGUUGAAUCCCAUUAAACAAGAUAUAAAGAAAGGCAAGCUUCGAUAUGUGGCAAAUAUCUUUCCUCACAAGGGUUAUAUAUGGAAUUAUGGUGCCCUCCCACAGACCUGGGAAGAUCCAAACCAUACAGAUAACAUUACAGGAUGCUGUGGGGAUAAUGAUCCUAUUGAUGUUUGUGAAAUAGGUUCAAAGAUUCGUUCUUCUGGUGAGAUUGUUCAGGUGAAGGUCUUGGGUGUUUUAGCUCUUGUUGAUGAAGGAGAGACAGAUUGGAAGAUAAUUGCAAUAAGCGUGGAUGACCCAGAAGCCCAGAAAAUCCAUGAUAUUGAUGAUGUCAAGAAGCACAAACCGGGUUAUCUUGAGGCUACAGUUGACUGGUUCCGACUAUAUAAAGUCCCUGAUGGUAAACCGGAAAAUCAGUUUGCUUUCAAUGGAGAAUUUAAAGACAAGGAUUUUGCUGUUGAAAUUAUUAAAUCCACCCAUGAAUACUGGAAAGCUUUGCUUCAUAAAAAAGCUGAUGGAGGUACUAUUAAGUGCACAAAUGUUCUUGUGAGUGGCAGCCCAUUUUGUUGCAGUGAGGAGAUUGCCCGAUCGAUUGUGCAGUCGGCACCAGUGCCUGUGAAUGGAGAUUGUGUUUCCCCAGAAGUUGAUUCCUGGCACUUUCUUCCCAAGUGAUCAUCAGUGUUCUGAAGCUGCUUCAUCACAUCUUAAAGUCAUCCCUUUUUUGAAGACAGGCAAAAUCACUAAUUGUUGGGUUCCUGUUGAAACAACUUUUUAACUUGUGUAAACCUUCUCUCGUGUAAAUAAACACUGACAAUAUAAAAUGAA